CUUUCCAACACUACUAAGACCAGCGAACGCAGCUUCCAACACCUCUCCGCUCCGUUUCUCUCUUCCUUUCUCUAUUCUCCAUUUCUCCUCCCCAUUUCAUCGAACAGUUCGUCUGCGUCUGGUUUCCCGCCCCCUAAACACUCCGUCUUCCGCCAUUUCCUUUUGAUCUGAUAGGAGAGGAGGAGGUAGGGAGGGUGGAAAAUCUCUUUUUCUUGCUUUGAUGGCUUGACUGGAAGGGUAAAGAAAUGGUGGGGAAGGUGGCUUUUGGGCUCUCGGUGAGCUGCGCAGUCUUGUCUUGCACGAUCGCUGCGAUUCUGGUUAGCCGGCGGGCGAAGAGUCGGCGCAAGUGGAACCGCGUGGUGGACGUUUUGAGGGAAUUCGAGGACGGGUGCUCGACAUCGAUAGGGAGGUUGAGGCAGGUGGUUGAUGCGAUGGCGGUGGAGAUGCAUGCUGGGCUGGCGUCGGAAGGCGGGAGCAAGCUCAAGAUGCUGCUCACCUUUGUCGAUAAACUCCCAAAUGGGAAUGAAAAGGGAAUUUUUUAUGCGCUCGAUCUGGGAGGCACUAACUUCAGAGUCUUGCGUGUUCAACUUGGAGGUCAAAGUUCAACCAUCUUGGGACACCAAGUUGAACACCAACCCAUUCCCCAACAUUUGAUGACCAGCACAAGUGAGGAACUAUUCGAUUUCAUUGCCUCGAAGUUAGAACAAUUUGUGGAAGGAGAAGGCAAUGGUUUUGAGCUCACACAAGACAAGAGGGAGCUUGGAUUUACAUUCUCUUUUCCUGUGAGACAAACAUCUGUUUCAUCAGGUAAUCUUAUCAAGUGGACGAAGGGAUUUGCAAUUGAAGACAUGAUUGGAGUAGAUGUGGCUGAGUGUUUACAACAGGCAAUGACCAGAAGAGGACUGGAUAUGCGGGUAGCAGCAUUGGUCAAUGAUACUGUGGGAACAUUAGCUCUUGGACAUUAUCAUGAUGAGGACACUGUGGCUGCAGUUAUUAUUGGAACUGGCACAAAUGCGUGCUAUUUGGAGCGCACGGAUGCCAUAAUCAAAUGUCAAGGCCUUCUUACAAAUUCGGGAGAGAUGGCUGUUAACAUGGAAUGGGGAAAUUUUUGGUCGUCUCAUCUGCCAAGAACUCCUUAUGAUAUUGAUCUAGAUGCUGAGAGCCUUAACCCAAAUGAUCAGGGUUUUGAGAAGAUGAUUUCUGGGAUGUAUCUAGGUGAUAUUGUAAGAAGAGUAAUUUUUCGGAUGGCACAGGACUCGGAUCUUUUUGGUGAUGUUGCUCCUAGCCUGUCUGUGCCCUUUAUCUUGAGGACGCCAUUGAUGUCUGCCAUGCAUGAAGAUGAUUCCCCCAACUUGAGAGAAGUUGCAAAGAUCUUGCAAGAGGUUCUGCAGAUACCGGAGGUCCCUCUCAAGGUCCGAAGACUCGUUGUCAGAGUAUGCGAUGUGGUUACACGGAGGGCUGCACGGCUAGCAGCAGCUGGCAUUGUGGGUAUCUUGAAGAAAAUAGGAAGAGAUGGGAGUGGUGGCAUUGCAAGCGGAAGAACAAAGGGCGAGUCGUCCAGCAGGCCAAGGAGAACGGUUGUGGCGAUUGAAGGGGGUCUAUAUUCUAGUUAUACCAUGUUCAGGGAAUACUUGAAUGAAGCGGUGGCCGAAAUCUUAGGCGAAGAGAUGGCCAGAUAUGUUGUUCUCAGGGUAUCAGAAGAUGGGUCUGGCACUGGAGCUGCUCUUCUUGCGGCUUCUUAUCAUCAGCCACCGUCGAUUGAGUAAGGUCAUCAUAAUAAAUACAGUCCCUUUGUAAAUGUAGAAAUUGUCAUUAUAUUCAUAUAGAUAAAAGCUGGUGUUGUGCAGUAGUCUUGUUGUUCUCUGCAUUCUCUCCCCACCCCCCCUUAUUUUCUGCAUUUCUGUUGUAAAUCAUGGACCUAAACUACCCAUUUUUUCCCGUGGAUUCACGCUUUCU